CCUCUCUCCCUCUCUCUGCACACACACACUUGCAGCCGCUCAGCGCUCUGACGGAUGAGGAAACACUGCCAAGCACCACUGAGGGGUGAGAAGAGUGUGUUUCUUCUCCACUCUGGUGUGUUUUCUGUCUCUUGUUCCUGGCUUCUUUCAUGAGCUACUCAUUUCAGCCCCUGUAAGGAUGAGGAGGGACUAUUUGUGAGGAAGACUCAACAAAAGAACAGAGAACGAGGAGCAACAGGGUGGCAGAGAACCAGGGGAGCUUUGGCUUUUUCCUCCAGGAUCGGAGAAGGAGUGCUGUCUCCCAGCAGCAGCCAUGUGAGAGGAGCUGUCAGCAGGCUGAGGAUGCCCACAUCCAGCUAAAACAGAACCGCCCCUCCCCUUCUCCACCUCCCCGCACCCCUGCCGCUCCCUCCCUUCUUCCCACAUGAGGACAAGAAGAUGACUAUCACCAGCCGGCAGUCCUUUAAUGUCCUGACGGUCAUCUUCCUCCUGCUGUCCACUGCAGCGCUCUCAGCUCAUUACAGAGUGUGUGAACCAUACACUGACCACAAAGGCAGAUACCACUUUGGAUUCCACUGCCCGCGCCUCUCCGACAACAAGACCUACAUGUUCUGCUGUCACCACAACAACACCUACUUCAAGUACUGCUGCAACGACACAGAGUUCCAGACCAUCAUGCAAGUCAACCUCACCACCACCCCAGACGGUUACGCACACAAUAAUUACACAGCCCUGGUUGGCGUGUGGAUCUACGGUUUCUUCGUCAUGGUGCUGCUGGCGCUGGACUUCCUCUACUACUCAGCCAUCAACUAUGAGCUGUGUCGGAUCUACCUGGAGAGGUGGGGUCUGGGGGGUCGCUGGCUGAAGAAGGCUCGGAGUCAGUGGCACAGGUCUCUGCCAGAUGAGAGCGAAGUGCCGGCCCAGGCCCAGCCCAUGGUCCCCAGCCACUACCAGCCCAGACACAGUCUGCGAGGGGAGAGCCACAGCCCCACGCUCCUGCCCUACAACACAUCCACUGCAUGAGAGAAGCUACGAGUGGACAAACAGAAGCGUAGCAACACCUGGUUUCCUUCCAUGCCACAGAGGAGCUGUCCCGCGUUCACCUCUGUGUGGACCGCAGACGCAUCACCGACGUUGGCCUGGACAUGUUGUAGUUGUAGUGACUACUGCCCCUUUUACUGAUGAGCACAAGAACCCUGACAACUGACACAAGCAGGCAUUUGGAAACAGCUGAACCAUAAAGACUUUACUACAGAGAGGAGAAAUGGAACAAGGUUUUAAUGAUCCUGGAUAAGAGCUGACGAGGGCUGCAGCUGAACUGGAUGACCUUCCACAUGAAGAACUUUAACAGUCUUUUAAAAAAGGCUCAACUUUCUAGGUAUAAAUUCUUUAUCGCACUGCUGUGUCACUUUGUGUUCAGUAGCAGUUAGACAGAGUUGUGGGUUAUCUAUUUGGUGAUUUAUUUAUGUUAUCUAAAUGAGUGGCUAACGUUCUGAACAUGUAACAGCUUAGGUUGAUGCUGAGCAUCUCAUUUAGAAUGUUUUAUGCUGAAAAACGGUUUUCUGUACGAAAUGUUUUGGGUCUCCUUUUUGCAAAACAAGUGGUUUCACUGUACUGAGUCUGAGAAGAACACAGCGCCUCUCGGUUGGAUGGUUCCAAAGCUCCACAUAAAGUCAGCAGGAGUUUCACUUGUCUCUUCAGCCGGAGUACUAACAUAGAUCAGGGAUGCCUUCACAUCACAGAGGAGCUUUAAAGUCCAACUCAAGCCCAAAACCUUGUUGAUGAGCCUGCAAACUGAAAACCAACCCAGGCCGUUACUUUUCAAGUUAGUGUGUCACAUUUUCACUCAUCUGAGCUGAUGGACGGCAGCUUUACUAGCAAUAUAAUACAAACAAUUACCCAUAAGCUCCUUUAUAAGGAGCUUUCUGUAUCUUGUAUAAGUAAGAGAUAAUUGUAAUAAAUUAGCCAUAACAAAAAAAUGUUGAGAAAAAAUAUUGAUCAGAACCCCGUUCACUGUCAGCAAUAAUGUACAGAGUUUAAUCAGAGGGAUGAAUGUUGUAGGGAGAAGGUUCUUACAGAGGAGCCUCCCAGACGUGUCUGCAGUUAUUUAGGAAGGGAACAAAUUGAAACAAACCUGUUAAUACUUCUGAACUCCUCAAAAGAUCUCCAAAGAUUUUUCAUAUAUUUCUAAGAGGGCAAAAACACUUUUGUAAUCAAAAGUUCCAACAAAGCUCUGGGUGUGAAACUUUUCACCUUUUUAGGUAUUUAUUUACACAGAAAACUAAUUAUAAUUUACAACAUGUUUGGAUUUUGUUUCACUAAACUAGUAGCCCAGUGUAACGUUGGUAUUCUGAAUUGACAUGUACCUAAAACAUUACGUAACUUACUUGAAUACAAUAAUUGACUGCUGUAAUGUCAAUCAAUCACAUCAUGGCAGAAAGGGAUUUGUUUUUCUUUCUUUGCUUCUGGUAAGAUAAUUGUCCCCCCAAAAAAGCGUUUUUUAUCCUGUCAUACCAAACUGUGACAUGGAUGUGUUGUUACACUCCUAAUAAAUUUGGUCGUAAGUAACUCCAAAUGAAAUUGUACAAACAGAACAAAGUCAGUUGAGGACUUUGCGUCCUGGCUUCACAUAUAAUCUCUGUGUUAUAAAGUAUAAGUGGAGCGUAACAGAGGCUUUACAAGCCUGCCAGCAUCAUCGGCGUCGUUAUCUGGAAUAAUAUUCAAAUUUGCUGAGUUGUUAGAGCAACUUAAUUCCCGUUUCAAUAGCUGGGGUUUAAUUGCAUGAUUGCCCCAGCAGACAAGUGCCAUCAUUUCUAGGGGCAAAGAGACAGGAUGUGUCCAAGUGAAGUAAUUGGCCCGGCGCUCAGAAGGGCUUUAAAUGACUUUCACUCGUCCUCCCGGCUAGAGUUUCAACAGCAGCAGCAAACAGAGAAGUGGAGUUUUUAACAGGUGCAGCGAGAAAGGGAAGAAUUAAUUAGUCCCCAGCUCUAGAUAAAUGUGCAAAAUGUGAUUUAUUAGAGAGAAUCUGUGUCUUUUCAGGGCUCUAUACAAUCCAUUCUGAAAAAACACAACACGGUUUUUUCCUGUCACCAUCUAAUACAUUAGUCUUACCCAGGGAAUUAAAAGAAAUAAACUACACUAAUUUGUCUUUGACAGACAGUAGCAGGGUAAUAAAUGGCUUUUCUCAAGAAACAUACCAGGAAUCUUCCCUUGUUUUUAAUGUAACAACUGUUUCUUUGUGAUGUUUUCUGUUUUGUUAAACUAUAGUCUUAACUCUGACCUGAUGUGAUGUGGUACUGUAAUCGUAUCAGCUCAAGCCUUUUCCCAUAAUAAAGGUAAAAAAACAAUAAAAAAAACCUAUGGGAAUUAGGAAGCACACCUAUGUUUCAGUCUCUCCAGGUUGUCAUUGUUAACAGUUGCCUUAAAGUUGAAUACCCACCUGUACACAGAAGCUUUGUAGUGGUUGAUACCUCACCUUUUUUGGGUUUGGUGGUGAUGAAGACGAUAAUGUGCACCACGUUCUGUCUAUUUACCUACUACUAGAUAGAAUGUAACCUUUGAGUUUGAUUGUUAUUGCACUUGUUGACUUUGUAUUGUCACAAAAAGGAGAAAUAAAGUUUUAUCUUUUCCAGUGUGUUUAAA